GGGGGUCCUGGGCGUGUGCGGGCAGUGGGGACGGGUGUCCCGGACACGCGUGGGCAGCACGUGCCGAGGGCUUGGGGGUCCUGGACACACAUGGGCAAUUCGUGCCCAGAGGUUGGCAGUCCAGGGCACACACAGGCAUUUUGUGCCAAUGGGUUGGGGGUCCUGGGCACGCGUGGGCAGCGUGUGCUGAUGAAUUGGGGGUCCUGGCUGCGUGUGGGCAAUUUGUGCCCAGGGGUUGGGGGUCCUGGACACGCGUGGGCAGCGUGUGCUGAUGAAUUGGGGGUCCUGGACAUGGCGUGGGCAAUUCAUGGUGAGGGGUCCAGGGCAUGCAUGGGCCAUUUGCUGAGGAGACGGGGGUCCCUGGACAUGCACAGACUGUGAGUGUGUGAUAAAACUGGGGUGCAUGGGCACCCGCGUGCUGAGGGUUUGGGGGUCCUGGCCACACGUGGGCAAUUUGUGUUGAGCGGGCAGGGGUCCUGGGCACAUGCGAGCAGUGGGGAUGGGGGUCCUGUACACGCGUGGGGUGUACACAAUGGGGCUGGUGGCUUGGUGUGGGUCAGAGUCACGCGUGGGCUGUGUGGAUGGCAGAGCUGGGGCAUCCGAAGGGGCUGUGUGCAUGGAGGUGCUCGGAGGUCCUGGAAACGCGUGGGCUGUGGGCACGGUGGGGCUGUGGGGUCUGCAGGCCGGACCCGGACCCGAGCCAGGCGUGGGUUUCGUUGCUGGGGGGGCCAGCAGACGGCAGGGCCGUGCAGGGGGGCUGCAGCCGGCAUCCGAGCCACGCGUGGGCUGUGUGCGGAGCGGGGCACGGGGUUGCCACCACCCUGCGCCACCCCACAGCACCCAGCACAGGGUGAGGGGGUCCCUCCGGAGGGAAGCGCGUGGGAAAAGCCCUCUUCUCCCACCUGGGCGCCCUGUGCAGCUCGUCCCCGGCUUGCAGCCACCUCCAGCCUGUAAAUCAUUUGCUUUUACAAUCCCUCCUCUGGCCCAUUAUCACACGAACUUUAUAUGUUUGGGGCUGCUGGCGGCCAUAAAGCUCGCCCGGUUUCCGGGGCUGGCAUGCCUGCCUCGAAGGCAGGGUGUGAGGAGGAGGAGGCUGGGGACACGCUGCCCCGGUCCCCCCCAGACAGGCAGGUAGGCAGGGAGGGUGCAGCAGUGCCCCGGGGACGGUCGGACCAGUGGGGCCGGGAUAUGGACUGGUUGCAGCCCCGGGAUGGGGCUGGAGCAGGGAGGGCUGGGAGUGAGUGGGGGACACUGGGCUCCCCCAGGAUGGGGGGGCAGGAGUGGGGUCCCAGCUCCAGUCGUUCAGUCCCUCUUCUCUCCAUCCCGCUGGGCUGGAGGACCCACAGAUCCUCUGGCUCACGUCCUCUUGGGUCCCAGAGGGACCUUUGCCUCCCCCCGGUCCAUGUCUAACCCUGCGUCUGGGGAUCGUAGGUCCAGGAGCGUCUGGGCCCCGGUUCGGUCUCGGGGGUCCUCCCAGGACCUGUCUUGCCCGGGAUGCUGCAUCCAAGCCCUGGACUCAGAUCCUAAGCGUCCGGGUCGCAACGCAGUGCAUGGCCUGAUUGCCAGCUCCUCUAUUCGCCUGCUGUCCCGGGGGCUCUGUCCUCCUCGCAGUGUCCCCUCUCCAUCUCCUCCUGCCUCAGCGUGGCCACGGGUCCCCUCGUGUCUCCCGAGCUCCAGGUCUUGCAGGGAGGACUGGGUGUAGCUGUACUGGGUCUGCCCUUUGGCUGCUCUUAACCUCCCAGUUCCACUGCCUCCAUCGCACUGGGACCCUCCGCGGCUCUCUGCCUGUGGGUCACCCCUUGCUUCGAGCCCCACACGGGACCCUCACGGGAGCCUCGCGAGUCCUGCCAAAUCCCAGCGCACGGGUUGGAGGGGACGGACACCCAGGUGUGAGCAGCUCCUUCCCGGCUGUAAAUCAGCAUCGUCCCCUGAACCAUCCCACCCCGAGAUGGGGUGUGGGCCACGAGGGAUGUGGGAACGCGCUGAGGCUGCUCCCCGCUCCCCUCCGCGUGGUCCCAGCUGCAGGCUGAGACGUGCCGUAUCUCUGCGGGGGUCCAGGGGGCUCCAGCUCACCGGCCUGGGCUUUGGUGAGACCUUCCCAGGUGAGGAGCUCAGCGGCAGCAGGUAACAGCUCCCACGAAGGUGUUUUGCCUCCGUGGCCCGUUCCCACCCCGGCAGCGUGCUCGCACAACCUUCCCGGGGGCAGCCGUGCCCUCCUCAUUCACCUUGAUAUUUCCGUUAAACACAUCGGCCUCCAAAUCAAUCGGGGGGGGUCCUGGCAGAGCGGCUCGUUCGCUGGCCCGUAUCCCUGGACGGGAUGAGCAUCUCCCUUGAGAUCGCACGGAGGGGGCGGCAGGAGGGGCUCCGUGCACAGGAAAAACCCAAAUCUAAGCAGAUCGGUUGCCUUUUCUUUCCGGGGAGGGGGAUGGGAGAGGCCAGAUCUUGCUUGAACAGUCAAAGUAAGUUGCCUUUGCUUUUCCCUGCUCGUCAAGGUCAGCCUAGCUAAUGAAAAUCAAUCUUCCCUCUGCCUCUCUCUGCUGCAUGAGCAGAUUCUACCUGUGGCCCCUCACCUAUUUGAAAGCCUCGGCCGCCACCGGCCGCCUGGGCUGCUGGCCAUCUGCGCGGCCAGUGGGGAGCUUCCUACCGACACAGAGUCUUCCUGCGGGCCCGGGCACCGUGACAAUAUCUGUGUCACCGAGGGAUCACUCGUUUGGUCUGCCAGAGGAGACUGGCUUUGUCCCGGGGAAGCUGGCUGCGCACGGAGAGCACGUACCCGGUAUCGCAAUCUGGGCUGGAAGCGCUGGGGGAAAGCUCUUUGCCGGGCUCUGGCAUGCACCGAAUGGCUUCCGUCCUCUGCGCGCUCCGGCGUUUUGCAGGCAGCAGAAGUGAGGAGUGUCUCCCUCCCUCCUAAGACCAAAAACCCGGCUCCAUCGCAUCCCUGCUCCUGCCUGAGCCCAGCCCCAGCCCCACAGAGGUCUCACCCAGACGCCAGCAGCAAGGAUUUUUAGAUGUGCCCUGAUGCCGCAGGGUCUCCUCGCUCCUGGAAAUGCAGCUCUCUUCCAGCGUGGCUGAACUCAGUUGCGACGAGACGAUGGACCCGCCCGCUGAGGACUUCCAGCAGGUCCUGUCCAUUGACCAAAUCCGCUCCAUCCGUGCCAGCAACAACUACGUGGAGAGACCGGCCGUCUGCUUCCAGCAAACCCGCUCCAACCCUUCCCUGUCCCAGCCACCGCACAAGCAGGAGUGGUCCCAGGACCGCCUGGCGUCUUCCACCUUCCAGGACCUGCACCGCAGCCACAGCCAACAGCACCAGAUGCCACCCUUGCAGCAGCACAUGAGCCAUUCCAGCACCGCCAGCUCCGUCUCCCAAAGCACCACCGCCUCCGACCAGCGGCUCCUGAGCAGCCUCACGCCGUCCCACUCCGGGCACUCCCUCAUCCGGACGCAGCCCCGGCCCGGCGAGCUGAAAGCGGAGGAGUCGCCGCUGAAGGGGGCUGCGGAGAAGCCCACCCUCCACACCGGCCACCUCUUCAUCUGCGAGGAGUGCGGGCGGUGCAAGUGCGCCCGCUGCACGGCCGCCCGCAGCCUGCCCUCCUGCUGGCUCUGCAACCAGCGCUGCCUCUGCUCCCCCGAGAGCCUCCUCGACUACGGGACCUGCCUCUGCUGCGUCAAGGGGCUCUUCUACCACUGCUCCACCGACGACGAGGACACCUGCGCCGACGACCCCUGCUCCUGCGGGCCGGGGUCCUGCUGUGCCCGCUGGGCUGCCAUGAGCUUCCUCUCGCUCCUCAUGCCCUGCCUCUGCUGCUACUUUCCUACCCUGGGGUGCCUCAAACUUUGCCAGCGGGGUUAUGACGGCCUGAAACGACCCGGCUGCCGCUGCCAGAGCCACACCAACACGGUCUGCAGGAAAAUCUCCUCCUCCAGCGGCACGCCUUUCCCCAAGACGCUGGAUAAGCCGGUAUGACCCUCCCGGGGAGGAGAAGCAGGCUUUACUCCUCUUCCUCCUCCUCCACCUCCUCUCCUCCCCAUCCCCCUCCUCCUCCUCCGGCUCCCUCCGCUCUGCAGCGCUCCCCCCUGCCCACCAUCACCUCCCGGGAAUGAGACGGGUGAACUGGGGGUCCCCCAGCCCCUGGGAGCUCGCAGGCGGCUGCGUGGCCAGGGCAGCUGCUGGGAAGCGCUGGUUUUGCACACAGGGGUGAGGGACCCGGGGAGGCAGAGAGCUGCGGGUGCCCUCCCCGGCCGUGCCCCGGGGGGGCCCUCGGGACUCUGCUCUCAGAGGGUUCCAGGAGCUGCUGCUGCCCCGUGGUGUGGUCCUUCCCGAUGGCGGGAAGAGGCAGGUUGUCGACACAUCCCCCGUGCAAGAGUCCUCCAGGAGCCAGACCUCCUUCUCUCCCUCUCCCUCUUUCUCCAGCACUUUUCGUGGGCAACCUCUCUCCUCUCACCCCGCCGUGGGUCCGCUUUCCCCGAGGGGCUGGGGCGCCAUGGGGUCCCACCAGUGGCAGCGGCUUCCCUCUGGGCUUGGAAGCCACUGGGAGAAGCGAGUGAGCUUCAAAAUGAGGUGGCAUCGUAUUUUUCCGUCUCAGAGAGGAAGGGAAGGUGUGGGAAGCUUUAGAAACCUUCUGGCAGGGGAAGGAGCUCUCGGAGGCAGCCCAGCCCACUCGCUUCUGCCCGACUGCAGCGAGGGAAAGGUCCCCUCUGGGAUUUGGCUGAGAACAAGAAGCUGGUUUGAAAUUGCCAUUCAUUUCUCAACGCCUUGAAGGGCUGCCUCCGGAGCGCAAACCCUGGUGGGGCAGGAGCUGCUGCCCGGCUCCAUCCCACCACCGAGCAGACGCCACAGGCAGCGGCUCCGUGCUCGAGCCCCGGGAGCCCCGAUCUGGUACCUUCCACCAGCACUGAAUUCACUUUAAAAAACACACCCCAACCCCGACUGUCAAGAGCUGCCACUCGCACCGUGCUUCUGUUCGCACCCGGCCUGGGGGAUCCCCGGUGGGGUCUUCUGCAGCUCCUGGAGGGAAGCGGGGAGCAGAAGGGGGUGUCGAGAGACGUGACCCCGACCUUCCCUCCCUGCAGAAGUUGCCUUUGAGUCCUCACCUCCCUUUCCUUGCCCCCCCGGCGUGUCACACCAACACCAGCGUCACUGCUGAAGGGAAUUCUGCAGCAGCGGCUGCCUGCGGCAAAGCGGAGACGGGGCUGAAGCCAGCGCUGGGGCUGGGCCAUCUGCAGACCAGAAGGAAAGCCGACGCGGGGUCAGGGCUUCGUGGUUUCCCUGCCGGGAUGAUAGUCAGCCCAGCCCGUGGCUGCAGCUGGGGGCAGCUCCUCCAGAUCCUGGACUCAGCCCCAUCUCCGCUUGCGGGGUGCCAGCUCCCCCUUGGGACCCUGCUGUCAUCGGCCGAUGGGUGGGGGGAGUUUGGAGCCGGGACGAUGUCCCGGUGCUCAGCUCUGCCCGCCUGUCCCUCCUCCGAGGGGUGUGAGCGCGGAGAGAAGCGAAUGGUUCCCCUGGAGAAAUAUAUGCAACGUGUCCCUUGGCUUCCUCCAAGACCCUGCCGCCCAGGGCUCGUCCGUCGCCUUCCCUCAGCCACCUCGUUACGUAGAGUUCUGUGGAUCUAUUUUUGUAUAUAUAAAUAUAACGUUAGGAUGGCUAGGUCUAUUACUAAUAAUAUUCAUGAUACUGCUGUGAAUGGUGCCAGAUGCAAGGUUUGGCUUCCUGGUACACUUGCACAUGCUGGAAGAUGAUUUCCCGGUCUGUUUGUCGCUAAUCCUAGACCUUUAGUUCCUGGGUAGUCGGGAGAGGGGGAGAGGGAGGUUUACAGAUUGUGCUGGGGGGGUUGGGCUUUGCAGAGAGGGGGUAGGAUUCGGCGCUGGCCGCGGGGUGCGGCAGGAGGUAGGAUCUUGCCAUGGGAUUCCUCUUUCUGUACAUUCGCUGCCUAAAAAUCGGUGCUGCUCCAAGCUCCCUCUGUUGCAGGGAAAAGCGGUUCCAGGGAGUGAUUCAUCCCCCUUGAAAACACUAUUCAUUAAAUUAUGUUCUGGCAGUGCCUGUCUCCCUUGACCCAAAUGGGACCCAAGCAUUGGACUGUGGAAGGGGGGAUGAAUCCCAUCCCUGGGGUGACGUUUGUGCCUGGGGUGUUACGGAUAUGACCGAGGUCCUCACCCUGAUUUCACCCAGAGCCUGACGGGGGAUGUCGAAAGAUGCUUCCCCUGGCCGGAGAUGGAGAGCCCACGUCCAUGAGCUGCGGGGAGUUGGGGCCGAUGCUCUGGGUUCCAGCGAGCAUCCCCUGGCAUUGAGAAGGGAGAGGGCCACGAUCUUCUCGGAGGGUGCCCUGUAGGUGUGCGUACCCCACGAGGUCAGUCCCUGUCUCUGUGGCAGCAGUUAUAAAUUACAUUGCAAACAUAUUUAUCCGUAUGCCAAUAAUUGCCUGGCUCCCUGCUUCCAGGCGAAGUUCGGGGGAGAGACUUCCACCGAGAGGCACCCUUCCUUUUGAACGCUCGGUUCCCUUUUCUACCAGUGCUGAUUAAACCCCUUCUUCCUAAAAAUUGUAAAGCUUUUUUAGGGAGAAAAGGCCCCAUUUUCGCUGAGGAUAUGAGGAAAUGUCUCACUUGAAUGAGAAUGUGAAAUAGUUCAUUGAAACUUUUUAAAGAAAACUAAUGAACAGAAUUUUCCAACUUGCUCUACUUUGACUUUUUUUUUUUUUUUCUCUCCUCCUUUUUUAAAUGGAUCCCACUUGUAAAUUUAGUUACCACCUCUGUAUCUUUGCAAUUCAUUGCUUCCUCUCCUGAUGGUGGAAUGACUCAACAUGUGAAGCUUCAUCAUUUUCACGGCCUCCGAAGUCAUGCAAGCACGGGGCGACCACCCCCCCCGGUGCUGGGGCCGUGGGAUGGGAAGACGAGUGUCCGCACAGCAGCUCCCCAGAGCCAGUUUUGCCGGCGCUGGCACGGCGAGGCUGAGCCCUGCACUACUGUUGCAGGAUAUUUACCUCCAGUAGCUGGUGGGAGGCCAGGACGCCCGCCAGUAGCCUUCACCCAAUGGGAUUUUUCUGGGUCGGUGCAAAAGUCCCAUUUCUACCAGGGAAUCGUGCCACAGCCUGGGUGCAGGGCUGGGGAGCCCGCCCAGGUCUCUUGAAUGUCUCAUCUCCAAGAAAUGACAAACCCCCGAGAGAUAUUUAGUGAAAUACGGGAUGCGUAGAAGGGGAUCGGAGAGGAGGAGAGCCCCGGGUGGGCCCUGAGGGCUGUCAGACCAGCGCAGGGCUUUGGUUUGAUGGUGUUGAGGGCAAAACGCAAAGCCACAUGCAAGCCUUGCAGCUAAACUUCUGGAGAAGUUUAGAGCUGUUGGCCGCUGCCCUGCUCAUCGGGGCAAGUGGCUUCGCGUGGGGCUGCUGCUUCCCACCCACCUGGGGGCCCCAGCGAGCUCCCGUUCCUUGCUCUCAGCAGAAGGAGCAGGUCGGGAUUUGCCAAAAGCUCUCCAAGGAGGCCAGCUCUGGUUCCCUGAGCUCAUCUGGUGUCGGGAAGGCUGUGGGUAGCCUCUGGUCAUGUUUUUCCCCUGAGCUUUUCCCUAACAUCUCCAGACCAGAUCCGUCCUGCUCCCUCCCCAUCUCCGGCUGCCAGAGAGUUUGGUUUCCCUGCAGAGAGGACUCCAAUUUUGGUUGGGGUUGUGAGCCCCUUUCCUGCCCCACCCUGUAAUGAGUCAGAUAACAUCUGCUCCAGAUGUUUGUUUGCAGCUGCUUGUCCUGGCAGUUUGGGUUUCUCUCUGUCCUGACGUGUCUUUUUUGGUUUUCUUCUUGGGAGAGUCGCAUGUUGAGUCCUCUGUUUUCCCUGCACCCCUGGGAUUUGACAAGGAUGGAUCCGCUGUGCGAGGGAACGUUUCUCCAGGUUGGGUGUCUCUGCCGGUUGUGGGCUGCUUUGCCAGGAAAGGCGCAGGGCUGCGGGGCAGAUUGAGACAGGGAAAGAGAGACUCAGGUGCCAAAGGAGCAGGAGGCAGGAGCUGCUGAGCAGGACCUGAGCUCCCCCUGCUCUGCUCCCCAUGUGGGAGCCUCCUCUUCCCACCCAGACCUCCAGAGCUCCGUCCACGCAAGAGCUCCUGCUGGUGCUUGCUUUCUCCAGGGCUUCCCUUGGUCCCGCUCCCCUCCUUCCCUGCUGGGAGACGUGUGACCAGUCCCGGUACUGGUGAGAAGGGGUCACUGGGGACCAAGGUGGAGUCUCCCUCCCAUGCCAGCCCCCCAACCCUCCUGGUGGAAGGGCAGAAGUGGUCCUUGGGCUGCUGUCCACCCAUCCCUGUGGGGUUCAUCAGUGCCAAUGAAGUACUUCAAAGAACAGGGGGGGAGCUUUUUGGGACUCUACUCUCAGAUUCCUAUAGAAUGCCACUGAGUUUGCUCUUCCCCAUCCCCAUGUGUGAACCCAAAGACUGGUGGGCAAGUGUCAUCGGCCAAAAGAUGCCAAAGCACAGAAGAACAGUUUAUGGAUGGCUGCUUUAGUGCAAUAGAGAGGGGUGAGCGGAGAGGCGAGAGGAGCUGCUGCAAGGUUUGCACGACUGCACUGCACGGGGAAGGAGCACACCGUGCCCCAAACUUGCAAUUUCCAGCACCCGCUUUGUUCGUUUGCUCGCUGCCUCAGGCCCUGGGGUGUUUCGAGGCUGGAGAAAGCUGGGAGGUCUUCAGAUACCGGAAGGUCUAACUUUUUGUGAUCAGCACGUGAGGAAAGUAGAUCGGGGCAUACCCCCACCCCAAAGCCCAUUCUUGGUCUUUACUAGGAUCCAGGUCAGGCUUGUGUCCUUCAGGGAGCCCGCGGAGCCCAGACCUGCGGGAAGCUUGUGGCAGCUGGAGGCUGCUGGUCGGCAUCUGGUCCGUGUGGGCCAAACCAGAGCUGGGAUCUCUUUGGGAUCGGUCUGCUUCGGGGUAUUUCUCAGGGAGCAUCGGGAUCUCUGGCAAACUCCUUCUCCCAGACCGCAGGUCGGGCGCUUGCGCGGGUGAGACCUGUUUCCCUGUGCGGGCUGAUGUUGUAGAAGAAUCCCCUGAGGGCACGAGCCGGGGAUGCUGAGCGGUCCCCGUGGAGGGGGACUGCAGGCAGGAGGGACGUGGGAUGGAUGGAAGCGAUCGCGCGUCUCCGUGGGGCAGCGUGGACGUGCGAGUGCCGGGCGAGGGGAGGCAGCGCGGGGUGUCUCGCUGGGUCUCCCUCCUGCUGCGCCUUCCUGCAGCACCCCAAGGGGCUUCAGCAUGAGCAGGACCAAACCCACCCUGGCGAGCUGGGCUGGGCACUGGGAGAGGAGGUUUCUCACACCCUCUGUUCCACGGCAGCAUCAGCCGGGAGGUGUGUGAUCCUCCUGGCGCUGGCACGGCUGGUCCUGCCUUGCCCGUGUUGCCGCUCUGCCCCGCAGAGCCCCUCUCCCUCUCCCCCUUCCCCUCCCUCUCCCUCCGCCCAUCCUUGCCCAGCCGUUCCCUCGGGCCGUGGAGAUGCUCCACGGACCAGCAGUGGCCACCCAGCCUCCUGCCCCCUCCAGGUGUCCUCAGCACAAAGUUCUCCUUAGAAGACAGAUCACCCUUGGCUUCAAAGGAGAGUCUCGUACCAAGAACCGAAGCCUCUAAUUCUCCGUUUAAUUGGUACAAAGGCAUUCUGUACAGUGUAUAAAGAGAUCCCUCCCCCGGCUGUCUUUAUUUGGGUUCCUUUCUAUAAGGUAUAAUAUAUGUUUAUAACCUGAUGGCUGUUUUUUGACAAUACUCUUGUACCUUUUAAGGGAAAAAAAUAAAAAAAAAAUAACCAAAGUAUUUAUUUGAAAAGUUUAUUUUAAAGAUAAGAAAAAAAUAACCUAUUUAUUUUAAUGCACCCUCUUCUGUUUGGUUUUCUUCUCUUGCAAAGCUAAUAACUGUUACUGAACCACUGCUGAGAUGAAAGGAGUAAUUCUAUGGGUGGCUUCACAAGCCCACUUAGAGCAAUUAUUCAAUAAAAAUAUAUAUUAAUUUUGAA